AUGUCGAGCCUCAAGCCUCUUGUUCUACUAACCGGGCCCAAUGGGUUCGUUGGAGCCCAUGUCCUCUCGACGCUCAUCAGCCACAACUACCGUGUCCGAGGCACCCUGCGGUCGCUUUCCAAGGCCAACUUUGUCGCCCAGAAAUAUCCCGAAGCCACCAAAUCGGGAGACCUCACAUUCGUCGAAGUGCCAGACAUCCAAGCCCCCGGCGCGCUGGACCAGGCUGUUGAGGGUGUAGAUUAUAUCUGUCACGUCGCGAGCCCCUAUUUCAUCUCCUCGACAGAUCCGAUCAAGGAGCUGGUGGAGCCGGCCGUGAACGGGACGCGGAAUGUGGUGUCUUCGGCAUUGAAAUCCAAAACGUUGAAGAGAAUGACCAUCAUGAGCUCGUUCGCGAGCGUGGUGGAUCUCUCCAAGAACCCUCGGCCGGGAUACAAGUAUACCUCGGACGAUUGGGAUCCGGUCACCAUGGAGGAGGCGGCAAAGGAUGGAUACUUGGGCUAUCACGCUUCCAAGACAUUUGCUGAGCGCGCGGCGUGGGACAUGUGGCGAAGCGCAAAGGACAAGGGCGAGAUCAGCUGGGAUCUAGUUACAUUCUGUCCGCCCAUGGUUUACGGGCCCCCGAUCCAGGAGGUGGACGCUGCGAAAGGGGUUGAUGGCUUGAACACGAGUAUCAGGAGACUCAUCACUUCUAUUCAGGGCAAGGACCCAGCCUAUGCGCCCAAAGUCGCCACUGCGGGGUUGCCAGCGUGGGUGGACGUAAGAGAUGUGGCGGAAGCGCACUUGAGGAGUCUGCAGUUGGACAAGGGCGUGAGCGAGAGGUUCUUGCUCUGCGGCGGAAUCGAUUCCUUCGAGGACGGGCUCGCUGGACUAAGGGCGAAGGGAGAGAAAGGACUGGGGGAAGAAGGGGUGCAUUGUGAUCCGAGCAAGCAUUUCAGCCUCGACCGAAGCAAGGCGGAGCAUGUGCUGAAAUUGGAGAUUACGCCGUUCCAGAAGACGGUCGAGGAUACGUGGGAGGCUGUCAAGAAGUUGGGCUUGAUUUGA